AUGAAUUCAGGCAUCACGGAGCAAGCGAAUGAGUGGUUGACGAGAGAAUGGGACGAGGAAGCGAAGCCGAUGCAGCUGUUACGACCGUCGCCGAAUCAUGAUCGGUUGGAAGUGGUUCAGUCCACUCUCGACGUGUUGGAGAGAAUACAGCAGCCCGUGGCUUUCGUGGCGGUCGUCGGCCCUUACCACGGGGGCAAGUCGUUUCUGCUGAACGUGCUGCUCAACUCCACACGCGGCUUCCCAGUGGGCACGCGCCCAGAUCCGGAAACCCUGGGGCUGUGGGUGCGCGUGGUACCCCCUAAGCGACUGCAAGCACGCGACGGAGCGGUGGUGGUACUAGUGGACUCGGAGGGGCUAUACGGGGAGGGCGCUUCACGGGCGUAUGAUGCCAAGCUGUUUGCUGUUGCCACACUGCUGUCUUCGCAUCUAAUCUACAACACCCUGCGCACUCUUGGUGACGCGCAGUCAGUGGCAGCGUUGGCAGACCUAGCAAAGCAGGCACACGUGUUCAACCUGCAGAAUUGGCUGCACUCGGGGGGGUGGGGGCCCACUCAUACCCAUUCUGCUGACACUGGUGAUGCAGCUACUGCUGCUGCUAGUGCUGGUGCUUCUGGUGCUGGUGCCGCUACUGUUGCUGCUGCUGGUUCUGGUGCUGGUGCUGCUCCUUCUGCUGCUCCUGCAGCAGCAUCAUCCCACCUGCCUGACCCACGGCUUUUGCUGCAGACACUCACCUUCCCUCCGCUCACCUGGGUGGUACAAGGAUUCGACCUCGACCUACAGCAGCAGGAAGACUCCCCUUCACCCCACUCCACCCCAUCACACCCCUCCUCCUCUCGCCCCACCUCCACCCACCCCACAGCACCGCACACCACCUCAUCCCACGCCUCCUCCUCCGUCUCCCCCAUGGUGUACCUGCAACGCUACCUAGCAGCACACGCGCGCACGGGUGACCAAUCCCUAGAAACCCUCUUUACACAGGGUAUAGCGUGCCUCACUGUGCGCACGCCCACGGAUAUUAACAGGCUCCGAGAGGAGGUGGGCGGGGCGGGGCUGGGCGCUGCUGACGUGGAGCUCAUGCCAGCGCUGCACCCGGAAUACCUUGCUGACGUGGCGGCGGUGCGGAAGCGCGUGAUUGGGGCGUUGGAGGCGAAGGGACCGGCUGGGCAGAAAUUCACAGGGGAGACUGUCGCUCGCCUGCUUCCCCUGCUGGUCCAUUUCGUGAACAGUGACUUUCCGCUAAAUGCCGAGCGCCACAUACAACAAGUCAUGCUGGACCUGCUGCUGGACGGCGCAUUCGCCUCCGCCGUCCACUUCUUUCGUCUGCAUGCCGAUGCCUCCCUCGACCGAUUCACUCGAGCCACCCGCGCUGCUGCUGCCAGUGCUGCCAGCGCUGCUGCUGGUGCUGGUGAUAGGAGUGGGUUGCCUGCAGCUGCUGCUGCUUCUGCUGCGGACAUGGGUGGGAGAGGUGAAGUGGGAGCGACAUUUGCUGCUCGUGGCACUGGUGCAGAAUGGGACAUGAGCAGCACAGUAUGGGACUUGAGCAGCUCUGCUGCAGAACCUGCUGCAUCCCCUGUGCCAGGGGAGGGAGCUGGCACGCCCUCUGCUGCUGCGCUGCCCUCUGCAUCCCCAGCAUCUCGCCUGCUCUCAGCCACGUUCACAGCGGAGCACAUGGAGCAAGUCCUUUCCAAGGCAGGUCUGCUCUCUCACUCUUUCCCAUUCUUCCAUGCUGUCCCUCUGUUGCCUGCUGCUCUAUUUAUCCCUACCACUCACCCUCCUGCGUUCACCUCUCCUCAUCUGGCAUGCGGACUGACUGGCCUUGCUUCGCUGUCUGCCAAUGCCUCCUGUGGUCUCUGUUGCUCUUGGCUUCUGCUCCUGCAUUCGGCCCUCCUUCCAGAGCAAGACGCGCAGCACUACUGCAUGGCGCGCAGUGUGGGCGUGCCUGCAGACCGCUCCGCCAUGACGUGUGGAGUGAGGCUCUUUGCCAAGCUGGACCACAUCAAGCCACACUACCGAUCCAGCAACGAGCACAACGUGCAUGUGGCGCUGGCUGCACUGGCAGACGAGUUGCAGCAGGAAGCACACGAGGCUAUCGCUGCCAUUCCCCUCCCUCAGAGAGAGCAGCUGCUGGAGCAACAGUGUCAGGCUGUUCACACGGCAGCUGUUGACAGGUUCACAGCCGCUCUGGGCGACCACAGCAGCAGCCCUUUGGCUCCUGUGGUGCGCUCCCGCCUCGAUGCUGACGUCAGCAGCCACUGCUCUGCUGCCACGUCAGCAAACGACCGGCUGAUCGCCGCCCUGCUAGGCAAGGGGAGGGUGGCGUACUACCGCACCUACCAUGACACCUUCCGGGCGGCAUUUUUGUCCUAUGCUGCUGCCCACGCUCAUCCUCACUCCCACACCUCUGAUGCCAACUCUGCUGAUGCUGCACCUGCUGCUUCUGAUGAUGCUUCUGCCACUGCCACCACCAGCAAGAACAGCCCAAACACCUUCCCUUUACCAACCGACGACCCGCACCUCUUCUCCCACGCGCUCUUCGCCCUCCUCCCCUCCUCCACGCCCCCUCCCGCUCCCCUCUGGCUCCUCUCCCUCCACGCCAACGCCUCCCUUCUCGCCCAGGACGCCUUCUCUGCUGCAAUCGCCCAGGGGGGCCUGGCUUGGGUGGUGCCUGGGCAUGAGAGGUUUGACUUCUUUCUGUUUCAGGCGAUGCAGUGGGGGAAGCAGCGGGAGAGGGAGGUGGGGGAGGAGAAUGCGCGGAGAGUGCGGGGGUACUGUGGGGAGAUGAGGGGGCGGCUGGUGGGGGAGUAUCGGCGGCGCGUGGGGGAGAUUCACCCACUGCCGGACAACGAGGAGGUUGUUGUAGCCAAGGCUCGCCAUCUCGCCGCACUGGUUCUGGCCAAUUACACCGCGGCAGUGCAGCCAUACCUGCCAUCAGCUUCGGUGGAGGAGGUUCGGGCACAGCUGCAGGCUCGGGUGGAGGAGGCUCGGCAGCGCCUGGUGGAUCGGAACACGGAGCUCAUGGCAGCGCUGUGCUUCGAACCUCUCCGGGACGCUCGGGACGAACUUAACAUGCAGCCGUUGGAUGUCGAGGAGUUUGUGAAGGAUCUCGAUCUGAUCGUUGGAUCGGACAUCACGUACGACGUAGAUCUGAUGCCCGCCCUCUGCCGGACGAUCAAGCAGCUGGCGAGCCCUCGCACUCGGAUAUUCCUGGCAGUGGAGCUGCGCCCAGCCACGCCCGAGUGUUUCCAUGCCAUGGCAGCGCACGGCCUCACGUGGAGGGCAGUGGAGCAGGGCGACCUGGACCCGCGGUGGUGCAGCGACGACAUCAAGAUCUUUCAGUUCUUCACCUAA